GUUUACACGUAUCAUGUGAAUGGAUACAGCCACAUUUUCCAACUGGAAUUCUAAAAAUUGAUGUCAAAAAGACCCAUACAUUUAACAAUCAUCGAGGAUCCUAAAACAAUUGGUGAACAACAGGACAAAAUUGUAGGCGGUACUAAAAGCACUCAACGAAAUAGGGUACCGCUGCAUAAUAGAACGAACAACACUAACAUCAUUCUGGCUGAGUUGUACAGGAACGAAGAUCCUACAGAGCCUAAAAAGGGGGUAUUAGCACAAGAUGAUAACUUAGACGCAAAUCUCAGCGAGAAGGAGAACAUAUCGCCCGUGCCAAAACGAAAACAGCGGUCAGGGUUGCGUAUGUAUGUAUCAGAUCGACCAGUCAUGCAAGAGUUGAAUAAAAUAAUGAGUGAGAAAUCGGAGUGGCAUGGCGAUAAGCUCUCAUUAUGGGCAGAGAGGAAGAUAUAACACUUAGCUUUGUAUGACGAUAUAAUGGAGGGAUAUGGGAUACGUUUCUCGGGCAGUUCAGACAACGAUAUAUGAUUAGAGUUUUAAAGCAUUAAUAAACAUCGC